GGUCAGCGGAUAUGGGAGUCAUGCAGCUCUUGGUUUACAUGGGUCCCAGCUUCGCCCAGCUAGCGACUCCCUGGGGUCCUGGCUGCCGUGCUCGCGGGUCCUCUCCCUCCCUUUGGAGGAGGGGGAGGUGUCUGCGACGCUGUGAGUCAGGCUCUGGCUGCAGCCGUGGCCGGCCUGGCGCUGCGGAGCGCGCACGGGCAGCGGGGGAGGCAGCGGCGCCAGCCCCGUUCGCUCCCCGCCCCCAAGGUUGGGCCGCCGGGAAGCGAUCAGCGGACAGACAACGGUCCGGGACGGCGGAAGGACGAGCGCUCCGAGGCGUCUGGCCCACUCACCGCCGCGUCGCCAAUAGGUGAGCGGUCCUGGUGGCUGCUGCAGCCGGGGUCAGACCAGGGGCCACCCAGCCCGGCCGUUGUCCCCUGAUAAUCUCAUCACCGGUUCCAGGCCCAGGGCCCCAGCCAGUGCCCAGCCCUGCUGGGAGCCCCGGCCAGCACCACGGACGGCACCCAGGAAGCCCGAGUCCCCCUGGACGGGGCCUUCUGGAUUCCCAGGCCACCAGCAGGUUCACCCAAGGGCUGCUUCACCUGCGUGUCCAAGCCUCCUGCCCUGCAGGCUGCAGCGGGCCCAGCCCCUGAGCCCUCAGCCUCGCCCCCCAUGGCACCCACUCUGUUCCCCAUGGAAUCUAAAAGCAGCAAGACUGACAGCGUCCGGGCAUCAGGUGUCCCCCAGGCCUGCAAGCACUUAGCUGAGAAGAAGACCAUGACGAACCCUACGACAGUCAUCGAGGUCUACCCCGACACCACGGAGGUGAACGACUACUAUCUGUGGUCCAUCUUCAACUUCGUCUACCUCAACUUCUGCUGCCUGGGCUUCAUUGCUCUGGCCUACUCCCUCAAAGUUCGGGACAAGAAGCUCCUGAAUGAUCUGAAUGGAGCCGUGGAAGAUGCCAAGACAGCGCGGCUGUUUAACAUCACCAGCUCUGCGCUGGCGGCCUCCUGCAUCAUCCUCAUCUUCAUUUUCCUGCGGUACCCCCUCACUGACUACUGAGCCCAGCAGGCAGUGGCGUUGGAGACACAGCACUGAGACUGAUGGUCACUGAGAUUCAGGAUGCCGAGAGUGUGGGGCAGAAUGGGCUUCUACCAAGGCCCAGAGCCAUGCAUGGCAGCAAGGCCACCAGAAAUUGAGUGCCCAAUGGAGCGGCACACUCCUCCCAGCUACCCUAUCUGCCUCCUGCCCUGCCCUGUUGUCACUGGAUCUCUGGGCUCCCUCUGUUGCUGCCUGGUUGCCAGUGACUUCCCUCCCUGACCCAUGCACCCUACCCAAGCUCUUGCAUCCCUUAGACCUGACACCCAGCAAGAAGGGCUUAUGUGGGAGCUCCCAGAAGGGGAGCUGCCAGCACCUGGGACUCCCUCACUCCUGACCCCAACUUCCUCCAAGCUGUGAUCCCUGCUCCAAGCUCUUGUAUAUGUGAACUUUCAUUAAAACGUGUGCCCAGCUCAGUUUCAUCUUCUGUCCGU